UAACAGCGGAAGGGGAUCCUCAAAUGACAAGUCAUGUGAUCUGUUGCUGACAAAAAAAACAACUGAAAACCGACGGUCCUUCGGCGUUUGAAGACGCACACAUCUGUCGGGGGUCGAUCUGAUCGCUAACAUGCAGAACGCCAUUAAUUCCGUAAAAGGAACAGCCCUUGGUGUAGCCGAGUUUUUUACUCCAGUGCUGAAGGAAUCCAAAUUCAAGGAGACUGGGGUUAUCACCCCAGAAGAGUUUGUAGCUGCUGGAGAUCACCUUGUUCAUCACUGCCCCACAUGGAAGUGGGUGUCUGGGGAAGAGGAGAAGGUGAAGCCGUAUUUACCCAAGGAUAAGCAGUUCCUAUUGACUCGCAAUGUUCCCUGCUACAAGCGCUGUAAACAGAUGGAGUAUUGUGAUGAACUGGAAGCCAUCAUAGAGGAGGAUGACGGAGAUGGAGGAUGGGUCGACACCUACCACAACUCAGGUAUAGGGGGAGUUACAGAAGCUGUACGAGAAAUCUCAUUGGACAACAAGGACAUGAACAUGAAUGUGAACUCUGGUGCUAGUGGAAACGGCGAUGAUGAUGAUGAUGAUGAUGAAGACGAGGCAGCAGAUAUGGAAGAGUAUGAGGAGAGUGGACUAUUGGAAACAGAUGAGGCCACCCUGGACACCAGUAAAAUGGUGGACUUGUCUAAAUCCAAAACGGGAGAGGCUGGGAACGAUGACAUCCUGCAGACUCGAACGUAUGACCUCUACAUCACAUAUGACAAAUACUAUCAGACUCCUCGACUCUGGCUAUUUGGAUACGAUGAGGACAGACAGCCCCUGACAGUGGAUCAGAUGUACGAGGACAUCAGCCAGGAUCAUGUGAAGAAAACGGUCACCAUCGAAAAUCACCCCCACCUACCACCCCCGGCCAUGUGCUCUGUGCAUCCUUGCAGGUAA